UAUAAUCACCCAUUCUGACCCCGGGGUUGAUUAUUCAGCACGGAGAAUUAUUCUCACAUUUGCAACAAACAUGGCGACCAGAGCUGUGUGCUUUUCUCGGUACUUGCAGCGUAUUUCUAGAAAUUCAAACGGAAUUUCCUAUUUACAAAGAUAUGUGCCGGUCUUUUCUAAUGUAAGCUGUAGAAAUCUGAAUUUGCAAGAGUAUGCUAGCAAGGAAUUGAUGAAUAAGUAUAAUGUUAAUGUUCAAAAAUUUGGAGUUGCAAACACACCACAAGAAGCAAGUGAUAUUGGCUCUCGACUUUUGGCUGAUACAGCAGAAGAACUUGUAGUUAAAGCUCAGAUCUUAGCUGGUGGCAGAGGGAAAGGAACAUUUGAAAAUGGCUUCAAAGGUGGCGUGCAUCUUACAAGAGACACCGAUGUUGUUAGAGAUUUAGCCUCACAAAUGCUUGGUCAAAAGCUCACAACAAAACAAACUCCUCCAGGUGGUGUGCUAGUAAAAAAGCUAAUGGUUUGUGAAGGUUUAGACAUUGUACGCGAAACCUACUUGGCAAUAUUGAUGGAUCGUGCUGCGAAAGGUCCUGUGAUUGUUGCUAGUCCUGAGGGUGGUGUUGAUAUUGAAGAGGUUGCGGAAAGUCAUCCAGAAAAGAUCAUGACAGAACCGAUUGACAUCUUCAACGGAAUCAGUGCAGAGCAAUCCGAUCGUAUUGCAACAUUUUUAGAGUUUACUGGCAGUUUACAUGCGAAGGCUUCAGAAGAAAUAAGAAAACUCUACAAGCUCUUCAUUGGUGUGGAUGCGACACAAGUUGAAAUAAACCCAUUCGGAGAAACAGACAAAGGCGAAGUUGUCUGCUUUGAUGCGAAAAUCAAUUUCGACGACAAUGCUAAAUUUCGACAAGAACAUGUGUUUGCUUUGGACGACCAUAGUGAGACUGACUCACGUGAAAUCGAGGCUGCCGAACAUAAUUUAAAUUAUAUUCCGCUGGAUGGAAAUAUUGCGUGCAUGGUGAACGGUGCAGGACUGGCUAUGGCGACAAUGGAUAUCAUCAAACUUCAUGGUGGAUCUCCAGCCAACUUUCUUGAUCUGGGUGGUGGCGUCACUGAGGAUGGAGUUUAUAACGGAUUCAAACUACUAACUGCUGACAAAAAUGUUCAAGGUAUUCUGGUCAAUGUUUUCGCUGGCAUAGUCAACUGCGCCACAAUAGCCAAAGGCAUAACAAAAGCUUACAAAGAAAUGCAACUCAACCUGCCCAUAGUCGUCCGUCUUGAAGGUACAAACGUAGAAGAGGCAAAGAGAAUUCUUAAAGAAAGCAAGAUGCCGAUAGCUUCUGCUGAUGAUCUCGACCAUGCUGCAAAAACUGUUGUCGCCAGUAUUUCGUAACAAGUUGUGUCAGUAGAGAGAAUUGGAGAGUGAAGGGAAAGAGAGAAAGAGAGUACACACUUUUUGUGUUAUUCACGAAGUUCGACGUUUUUUUAGCUAGGUUUUUUUAUAUAUUGCCCAAAUUGAAGUGACUUAGGCUGGACGAAAAAAUAAUUCAAAUUUAAUCGAAAUUAUUAGCUGACUAUUUUUUAAGUUUUUUUAUAAUUAUAUGUAAUUAUAAUAGAUUUAGCGUGACGUUGUUACGUCAUUCAUCUAGUGCGAAGUGAUUCAGGUUGAGGAUAGGCAAACAUACACGAUUUUGAUUUUGCGGAUUUUUUUUGUUAUUAUAUGCAUGUAAAUGGCCGAAAUAUUCUUUUGACCAAAUAUAAGAAAUUUACAACAGAG